AUGGAUUUGUUGCCAACGACGACGAGUAUGGUGUCGUCGUCGUCGGAAGGGGCCAAUGUGGCAGACGCGUACAAGAAGGCGCUCGGCACUGCAGCCUCCGUGACCGCGUACGCCAUGCUGGCUCGCGGCAUGGCACGGGAGCUCCUCCCCGACGAGCUGCGCGCCGCGGUGCGCCGGGGAGCAGAGUUCCUGCGCGCGCGCCUCGGCGCCCGCGACAAGGAGCGCAACACCCUCGUCGUCCGCCGCCAGUUCGAGAACAACGGGUACAGCGCCGGCGGCAACGACCUGUUCGACGCGUCGCGGGCGUACCUGGCCACCAAGAUGGACGCGCGCGCCAUGCGCCGCCUCUGCCUCUCCCGGAGCUGCAUCAGGGAUUCCGACGGCAGCAGCAGCUGGAACACGCUCCUGUGCAUGGAGCAGGGGGUCUCCACCACCGACGUCUUCGACGGCAUCGAAUUCCGCUGGACGUCCAUCGAGGACGGCGGCGGCAGCGACGACGGCAAAAGGCAGGGCAAGGGCGAGUCCCUGGAGCUCAGCUUCGACGCGGAGCACACGGACACCGCGCUGGAGAAGUACGUGCCUUUCAUUACGUCCACGGCAGAGGAGCUGCGGCGGCGCGACCGGGCGCUCAAGAUCUUCAUGAACGAUGGGGGCAUGUGGUACGGCAUCAACCACUACCACCCGGCCUCGUUCGACACGGUCGCCAUGGAUCCGGCUCUGAAGAAAGCCAUCGUCGACGACCUCGACCGGUUCCUGAAGCGGAAAGAGUACUACCGGCGGAUCGGCAAGGCGUGGAAGCGCGGGUACCUGCUCUACGGCCGGCCCGGCACCGGCAAGUCCAGUCUGGUCGCCGCCAUGGCCAACUACCUCCGUUUCAACCUAUACGACCUCGAUCUCUCUGGGGUGUACAACAACUCGGCGCUGCAGAGGAUUCUUAUCGACAUGCCCAACAAGUCCAUCCUCGUCAUCGAAGAUAUCGACUGUAGCUUCGACACCAUGUCAAGGGAGGAUCGCAAGGCAGCUGAGACGGACGACAUGGAGUACCAGAUGGACGCCAACCGGCAGGGAGGUUCCCAGGAGAAUAAGUUAUCUCUGUCCGGGCUGCUCAACUUCAUCGACGGGUUGUGGUCGACCUGCGGCGAGGAGCGCAUCAUCGUGUUCACAACCAACUACAAGGACCGGCUCGACCCGGCGUUGCUACGGCCGGGGCGCAUGGACAUGCACGUCUACAUGGGCCACUGUGGCUGGGAUGCGUUCAAGAUGCUGGCCCGAAACUACCACCUCGUCGACGAGCACGCUCUGUUCCCGGAGAUACAGGAACUGCUUGCAGUGGUGGAGGUGACGCCGGCUGAGGUGUCUGAGAUGCUGUUACGGAGCGAGGACGUCGACGCUGCGAUGCGAUUGCUCACGGAAUUUCUCCAGCAAAGGAGGCAGAUGACAACAACAAUGUGCGUGGGAGGUAGUAGCAUAGACGAACCAUGA